UUUACUUAAAGUUUCAAACCUAAGACACAAGAAAACAUAACGAAGGAAAAAGCAGAAACAGAGGAAAAGCACAAUUAAGGAAAAAUAAGUCUGAGGAUCACCAGGAUCACAGGAGUUAGAUUCCAGAGGGUUCAAACGGGGAGGUUUUCCUACGUCACUCCAAACAGCUAUGAUGUUUCUGCUCUUAUCCAUCGUCGUGCUGCAUUUGGUCAGCUUGGCCAUGCUCUUCAUAGCCACUCUGGAGAAGUCGUGGUGGGUAUGGACAGAUUCAGAAAUCACAGACCUCUGGUAUAACUGCCUCCACGAUAAUGACACAGAAACUUGGAUGUGUGCUGCUACCACAGAAAGCGACUGGCUGCAGUCUGUCCAGGCCCUUAUGGUCCUCUCUGUGGUCUUCUCCUCCAUCUCAUUCCUGGUUUUUCUAGCUCAGCUGUUCACCUUAAACAGAGGGAGCAUCUUCUACUUCACAGGCCUCUGCCAGGCCUUUGCAGGUUUCACAGACUUUGCCGCUUGCCUAAUCUUCACCUUCCACAAAAAUGAGAUCUUAGGUGACUCCAGAGAUCAGAGCAAAGGGCGCUUCGGCUACUGUUUCAUCCUGGCCUGGCUGUGUGUCCCUCUCCUCCUCAUUAGUGGAGUCCUUUAUGUCCAUCUGCGCAAGAAGCAAUGAGCCAAUAAUUAAAAAGGAAAGGGACAUAACAUCAUCUUCAUUGCAUCUCCGUCCAACAUUGCUGUGAAGCUACAGUCAGAGACGGUUUAUGUUUUUGUACCACAUGAAGGAUUAUUGAAAAAAAAAAUCAAUAAUAAAAGGCAUGGCUUCUGUUUAA